AUGGAGAACAGGGAACUACUAAUCGGUGAUAGCGACUGCCUCCCCGUCACCUGUGGCGUACCACAGGGCUCGGUGCUGGGUCCAACAUUGUGGAACCUGUUUUACGACGGCGUGCUCAGGCUCCCAGUGCCAGCCGGAGUCAAACUCGUCGCGUUCGCGGACGACGUGGCGGUGGUGGCAGUGGCCCACAACGCUGAGUUGGUCGAGCAGUUGGUGAACCCCGCUCUCAGCAUGAUUUGUGAGUGGAUGACCGUGAAUGGUUUGCGACUCGCCCCUGAAAAAUCCGAAUGCGUGGUUCUCACCAAGAAACGCGUUUUUCGGGAUCCAGUGCUGCGCGUCGAUGGAUGCCCGAUAGCUGUAAAAAGGGCGGUAAGGUACCUAGGUGUUCAGCUGGACACGCGCCUCUCCUUCGGUAAACACGUGGAUUCGGUGACGACGGGAGCGAGGAAAGCCGCCUCUGCGCUCGGCAGGCUAAUGCCCAACGUAGGCGGCCCAGCCCAGUGUAAACGCAGCCUGCUAAUGAGCGUGGUCCACAGCCGCCUACUGUACGGCGCUGCUUACUGGGCAGACGAGGUGCAGCACGUGGCGAAGUAUAAAAACAUGAUGCUCCAGAGCCAGAGAUGCGCCGCCCUCAGAGUGGCGAGAUGUUACAGAACGGUCUCGGAUAUGGCAGCACUUGUUCUUGCAAGGAUGCCACCAGUCACUCUGCAGGCAGCCGUGCGCAAGCGCGCCACUGCUCUAAGGAAAGAAGGCGCGGUCCUGACAGCGCAGCAGAAAGAAGACGACACGAUUGCUCAUUGGCAGGUGAUGUGGGAUGCCUCCACAAAAGCUGCGUGGACGAAGUCGCUCAUCCCGGAUUUGCGAAGAUGGUGGAGUCAAGGACCGAGGGAAAUCAGCUUCCACAUGGCCCAAGUCCUAACGGGCCAUGGCUGCUUCCAGAGCUACCUGUGGCGGAGGAAGAAAGCCGAAAACCCUGGGUGCGUACACUGUCCGGCUGUCUUCGAUGACGUCGAACACACGGUUUUCGCUUGUCCAUUUUGGGACGUAGCACGAGCGGACGUUGCAGUGGCGCUAAGAAAACCAGUUGGUCCAGAGGAUGUUUCAUAUCUUUUGUGUGGUCCCGACCCACAAGAGCUUCCGGAAGAACCCUCCCAGCGGAGAACGAUAAUUGAUGCAUCAACGAGGCACAGGGAGCUCUUUCGGCAGAUGGUGGAGACCAUUCUCUCUGAAAAAGAGGAAAUGGAGAGGCAGCGGCAGCGCCAAAUGUAA